AUGGGAGGAGGGACAGAGGCGUUCCAGCAGGUUUUUGCGCGUUUCCAAGCUCCGGAGGAGGAGGUCAAGAACGAGUCGAACGAUCUGGGAAAGGGGGAGGUAAUAUACUCUGACGAAGAGGAGGCUGAUGCGGAUUCCGAGGGUGAGGAUGGAGAUCAAGAGAAACCAUUGUCGAAAAAGAAGAAAAGGGCCGAGCAGCGGCUGUCCGUUGCUGAGCUCAAGCAGUUGGUGAAAAAACCAGAGGUUGUCGAGUGGUGGGAUACAAACGCUGCUGACCCUCGUAUGCUUCUACACCUCAAGAGCUACAGGAAUACUAUCCCCAUCCCGCUGCACUGGAGUGCGAAAAGGGACUACCUCCAGGGAAAGAGAGGCAUUGAGAAGCCGCCUUUCCAGCUGCCGGCGUUUAUUGCUGACACGGGGAUUGCGACGAUGAGAGACGCGAUCAAGGAGAAGGAGGCGGGGAUGUCACUUAAAGCGAAGACGAGGGAGCGCGUGCAGCCCAAGAUGGGAAAGGUGGACAUCGACUACCAGAAACUGCACGACGCGUUCUUCAAGUUCCAGACAAAGCCACCCAUGACCGGGUUUGGGGAGUUGUACUACGAAGGCAAAGAGUUCGAAACUUCGCUGAAGGAAAAGCGACCUGGCGAGCUCUCCCCCGAGCUGAUCGAAGCGCUCUCUAUCCCUCCUCUCGCUCCCCCUCCUUGGCUUAUCAGCAUGCAACGGUUUGGUCCUCCUCCAAGCUAUCCGACGCUCCGUGUUGCCGGCCUAAACGCGCCCAUCCCUGACGGCGCACAGUGGGGCUUCCACCCCGGUGGAUGGGGCAAGCCACCCUUGGACGAAUACAACCGCCCGCUGUAUGGAGACGUCUUCGGCGUGUUGCCGAAAGCUAACCAGGAGGAGAUGGGCGAACCUAUCGAUCGCCAGACCUGGGGAGAGCUAGAGUUUGAGGAGGAGGAAGAGGAGGAGGAGGAAGAAAAAGAGGAAGAGGAAGAAGAAGAGGAGUCUGUUGUCCCUGAGUCUGGGCUGCAAACACCGUCAGGCUUGCAGACACCAUCUGGCAUGCAGUCUGUUGUCUCGACCGUGCCUGGCGGGCUUGAGACACCAGACUAUAUUGAGCUCCGCAAAAAUGCAAGGCCGACAUAUGAUGACCGGGACAGCGGGCCCAAGUCACUCUACCAGGUCGUACCAGAAAGGCAGACGAGCAUCCGUGGACUGGUGGGUAGCGAAAGGGGCUACGAUGUUAGUGGUAUCGCAGGGCCGAGCGUGCCUGUGCUUGGAGAAGAACGCGGCACAAAGCGAAAAGCCGGCGAUGUGGAGGUCUCUCUCUCCGAAGCGGACCUCGAGGGCAUGUCCACCGAGCAACUUCGUUCACGGUACGACUCUGCCUUGCGUGGCUCCGCAGGUGUUCCAGGGAGCAAGGAGGACUUCUCGGAUAUGGUCGCGCGGGAGAUGGCGAAGAAGCGCCAGAAGAUGGAGCGAGAUAGGGAGAGGACGAGGGAUAAGGGCAAAGAGAGGGACUAUAAGUUCUAG